AUGCCUUUGUUAUCUUCUUUAUCCAGUAUGGUAGGGUUCGAAAGUAUUUCCCCUGAAAUAAGGGCAAAGUCUUUCUACGAUCUUAAAGCUACUUUACCGGGAAAGAAAGAACUUGAUUUUAGUCAAUUCAAAGGCAAAGUCGUGCUUAUCAUCAAUACCGCUAGCAAAUGCGGUUUCACUCCUCAAUAUACAGAUCUGGAGUCGUUGUACAAGACUUAUCAUGAUCAAGGUUUAGAAGUAUUGGGAUUUCCAUGUGAUCAAUUCGCACAUCAAGAACCGUUGGAUGAUGAUGGUAUUGCUUCGUUUUGUCAAGUCAACCACGGAGUAACCUUCCCCCUCAUGGCCAAAUCCGAUGUGAAUGGUAAAAAUAUGAACGAAGUUUUUGCGUGGUUGAAAGCUAAAAUGCCCGGUGUGGCCGGGACGACCAAUAUCAAGUGGAACUUCACCAAAUUCCUCAUUGAUAGAAAAGGGAAUGUCAUCCAUCGUUAUUCACCCAAUACUAAGCCAGAGUCAUUCAAGGGUGAUAUCGAGAAACUUCUCUCGGAACCGGCACCUGAGGCUUGA